AUGACGACCAUCAAGUAUGAUCCGACGCAGGACUUCAUACACUCAACACUCACCAGCAUCACUGGCCGCCCCACCCGCACAGGCAUCAAAUGCCUAGAAAAAGAAAACAAAGACAAUGCACGUCAGAUCCAUAGCCUCCGCGGCAAUGGCAACGAAGGACACUUACGCCUCUGCUACACCCUAGAUAGGUUCAAUGCAAGGCCUGCAGUAGCCGGAACGCCAUGGGUCGACCCAGUCCAUCCAGGAACACGCCCAGAUGUCCCCGAUGGAGCCACCGGACCCCAAAUCACGCACAUGGUCUCAGCACACAAGUAUGACCUCACCGAAUUCCAGCUCUUCCAAUCCACCGAAAAGGCCCUCUUACGCAAGACCAUGGAAGCCGUCGAAGAAGUCUACUACAAGUCUCUCCAAGACCCCGAUGAAGGAUACUCCACACUCAGCUACAAUGACCUCAUUGUCCACCUCAACGAACAGUAUGGAACCCUCACCAAUGACGACCUUGACAAAAACAUCGACCGCAUGAAUGCCAAAUGGACACAACACAGCCCAUCGAACAGCUCUUCCAUCAGAUCAACGAUGCCCGCUCCUUCGCACGCGACCAUGACAACAUCACUGAAAGAGCCACCAUCCGUCUGCACUUAA